AUUUGGUAUUGUGAUUUAGUUUGUGGAAUUUAGCUUUUUAAAUACACAAUUAAAAUAUGGAACAAAACUUCGUGAAAGCAGAUUCUUCGAAUUUACCGAAAGUAGAUUACGAGAUGAUCGAUGAAUACUAUCGACACAAUGAUGACUUUAUCAAAGCAAAUGUGAAAACACAAAGAAGUGGCAAGCAAUCGUAUGGAGAUGAAGCUAUCGGAUUUGUCCAGCUGAUGCGAGAGGGAUCAAUAUGUAGGUACUGUAAAGUGCCAAGUAACUCCCGAACACAAGAUCCACGAAAAAGGAUAUCAGGUGACAAUCUGCAUUAAUGAGGCUGAAGAGAAGAUUACACAUAGUGUGUGUCAUAGCUGCCCAGCUAGUGAAGGUAUUGAGUUUAAUAAUUCCUUGUGUCUUUAUAAUAUACUAUAUUUUAAUUUCUAGGAGGGUGCAAGCAUGGUGUAGCUCUGAUGUUUUGGCUACUACGACGUUCUACAGAACCUUCUGUAACAAGUGUUGAGUGCUACUGGCGAAAACCGACUUUAGCAAAAGUAGGUUCUUCAUUGAAAGCAGCAAAAUUGAACGAGCUAUUUAAGAAUGUUCCCCCAGUUGCAUCACACAAUAAUUCCUUCUUAAAAAAACUAUUAGAAAAAGGAUUAGAAAACAAAAGCAAGGGUAUUUUAUUUGAAUACUACAAAACUGAAGAGAAUGCUAUUGAUAAAGUAUCCCUAUAUCAUUUAAUAAAUAAAUUUGUAAGAAACAGUAGCAUCAUCACUGCUGAAAAUUUUAUUCAGUAUUGUCAGCAAGAAAUGAAUGAUCAGCCUUGUAAAGAAAUUUUAAAUCAAACAAAAGAUCAAUCCAAUACUGGUACAUGGUUUGAGAUAAGGUAUGCACGUAUUACUGCAUCGAAGUUUUAUGAAGCAGCACAGAGUACAACAUAUGAUGGAUGUUUAGUGGAGUCAAUUUUGGGUGCAGCAAAAUUCAAGUCCACAAAAGCUAUGAAGAGGGGAUUAUCAUUAGAUGAUAAAGUAUUGAAGGUUGUGGCAAGAAAGAAACUAAUAAAAGUAGAAAAAGUAGGAAUAUUUGUAGAUAAGAGAUAUCCUAUAUUUGGAGCUAGCCCUGAUGCUGUAAAUGCUGAGUUUUGUAUUGAAAUAAAGUGCCCAUCAAAAGAAUCGACACUUAAGCAAUACUUAAAUGAUGGAGUCAUAGGUAAGAAACCUUUUGCCCAAAUUCAACUCCAAAUGCUAUUGUCGGGCAGAAAGAAGGGAUUAUUUUGUGUUGCAUCACCAAAUUUUGAAGUGAAUAAAGAUGUAUCAAUUGUGGAAGUUGAACUUGACAUUUUUUUUUGCUGCAAAAAGCAACUUUGUUUUGGGAAAAAGCUAUCUUCCCAAAACUGAUUCAAUAGAUCUACUGUAAUGUACUCAACUUGUAAUGUCAACAAUUUACCUGUAGAUUCGACUAAAAGACAAGUCAAUUGUUC